AUGGGCUACAUCCGGCAAGAACAGCUGCCCAAGCUCAAGGAGUACAAGUACAGCUCCGUCGACAAGAGUCUGGUGUCCAAAUAUGUCUUGAAACCAUACUGGUGGAGCCAGGUCAUUGAGCUGUUCCCCCUGUCCAUGGCACCGAAUGCCAUCACCCUCUCGGGAUUUGGUUUUGUCAUUGCAAACGUCUUCACUCUGCUGUAUUACACUCCGGACUUGUCUCAGGAAUGCCCAGGAUGGGUGUACGCAAGCUGGGCGAYUGGUCUUUUCCUCUACCAGACCUUCGACGCCAUCGACGGAUCACAAGCUCGACGAACAGGGCAGAGUGGGCCAUUGGGAGAAUUGUUUGAUCAUGGUGUCGACGCUCUCAACACGAGUCUGGAGGUAUUGGUAUUUGCAGCUGCCAUGCGAUUUGGUCAGGGUUGGCGAACAGUCGCGGUGGCUUUUGGAAGUCUAUUGACGUUUUACGUACAAACCUGGGAUGAAUACCACACCAAGACGCUCACACUUGGCCUGGUGUCGGGUCCGGUCGAGGGCAUUCUGAUCCUAUGCGGAGUAUACGCCUUCACUGCCUAUACUGGAGGAAGCUAUUGGCAGCAGCCUGCGCUCGCCGCUCUCGGCGUACCGCACUACAAGUUCCUGCCAGAAGUUCUCUACAAGAUGGACUUUGGUGACUUUUACAUGUGGCAAGGUGGUAUCAUCUUGAUUGGCAACGUUGUUGAGAGCGCUCGGAAUGUCAUGGAAGUACGUCGGCAGCGUGGCCAGCGAGCCAGGAAAGCUCUCCUUGGCCUCCUUCCAUUUGCUGGCUCAUGGGUGCUCAUCAUCUCAUACCUCGCUCUGCAGCCCAACAUCCUCCACAACCAUCUGGUCCCCUUCAUUCUCUACAUCGGACUGAUCAACGCCUACUCUGUGGGACUGAUGAUUACGGCACAUCUCACCAAGUCCAGAUUCCCCUACCACAACAUUCUACCUCUGCCUCUUGUGUAUGGAGUGCUUGAUUCUCUUGGACCCGUCCUGCAGAACAAGCUCGGAUUUGGCUGGCCCAGCGCGCUCGGAGAUGAGGUCUAUCAAGUCGCAUUCAUGUUCACCUGUCUCGGACUCGCCAUCGGCGUUCAUGGAAGCUUCAUUUUGGACGUCAUCGUCUCCAUUUGCGAUUAUCUUGACAUUUACUGCUUGACGAUCAAGUACCCCAAGACCGAGGGAAAGGACGCCAAGAAGUCCAAAUGA